AUGACUACCUACACCGACAGUUAUCUCGAAGGGCACCAUAUCCGCGAAGUCUUCGCCAUCGUCGAGGUGAAGGCGGCGCACCGAGACCGGAAAACCCGUCCCGAGAUUCUCCGGCAAGAAGCUGCACAGAUGGUUGCAUGGAUCAUGAAUGAUGCGAACUCCCGGCAGUGUCCUCUUGGCCAGUAA